AUGUCUUACAUAUUCUUCAUCACGACUAUCGUCACGGUUGUUGCCAGCACCAGCGCCAGUACCAGCGCCAGCAUGGGCGCCGACAACUUUGCCAUGGCCAAUUUAGAUGAUUACCAUCUUGACAGCACCAUACGAUACUUCAGCGGGUUCCAGCGCCACUUUUGCCUGCAGACUGUGGAUGGCCAGUACUCAUCGUUUAGUACGAUGCACCACAGGUCACCGGGUUGCACAUCGGCCGAGUCCGGUGAUGGCAUCUGCACCAGCGAUGAACGUGUAAAGGGCAUCCCUAAGCGCCGCCUCGACGAAGCCCAUGAAAAGCUCGCCCACACUGAAGCUCUGCUACAAACUGAGCUCAAGUCUGAUCACGAUUCAUCUCGUCUUCAAGAUCCGGUCACCACUGUUCGCGCCGACCUUCAAGCUGCCCUUGACCAGGCACAUGUGUCGAAAGCACCGCAUGCCUUCUUUAAAUACAUCUGCCUCACCACCAAUACUGGCAGUCAUGGUCGCUUCUGGACUGCCAUGAAAUCACUAAUCAAUUUCAUCGCCGCCGCCGGGUCUCCAGAUUUGACUCUUCAAGCCGUAGAGGAAUUCCGACAUCGCCUUCUUGAUGUCAGCGAAGUUGUUCCCGACAAGUGCCUUAUUUGUGCUCUGCUUUAUAUCCUCGGUGAUGACUACAAACUUCUUCGCUCUGAUAUUUUCAAUCACGACAUCGAUGCCCUGUCCAUUGAUGAUAUCUACACGAAAGUCAUGAAGUUCACUGGCGAUCAUCACCUCGACGUCCAUACUUCUACUUUCGGCUUAAACGCGCCCACCAUUGGCACUACUCCAACAAUCCAACCAAUGGUUCUUCACGCCGCAACAAGCUCUGCCCUAUAUGCGCUAAUCCUGGCCACAGUAUUUUUGGAUGCCCCGAUUAUAUUUGUCGCCGUUGCGGUUUCAACGACCACAAAGGUAACAAAGCGUUACACCGCACAUAGUAGUACUUCUCGCAAUGGACCCACAACACCCACCUAUAUAGCCACAUCUCCCAUUAAUUCGGACGCCAUGAUUCAUACCCGUAACACCACUACAGGUGUCAUCGAUCUUGAACAAGGUCACUUUACCGUGGAGUUCCCCGAUAAAUCUCAAAUCACGCUCACACAACGUGGCCACAUUUCUGGACUUGUCCCCGUCCUCAUUAUACCGCAAGCUGCACAGGACAUCCUCUCUGUGUGUCUAUUACGACGCAGUGGCUUUCCCAUCACCUUUGCUCUUCAACGCGAUACAUCACACCCUACCGAGUGCGUCAUCCACCACCCCAACGGCUGGCCUUUACAGAAUUACUACUUUCGCGCCUACAACACUUCAUAUUUGGCAUCUUGUCACUGGGCACACACACCCUCGCAUGCUACGAAAGUUCUCGGUCAAAACAAUAUCGACACGUACACACACUGCAGCGAAUCAACUGAUAAUUGA